AUGCAACUUCGUUUACUCGAGUUUUCUAAGCAUUUUUUGAAAAAGGCCAUCGAUUAUAAUCUCUCGUUAUUUGAAAUACCACACGUUUGGAUAAUACUGCUACCCUUCUGCCUUGUCUUCUGUGGAGUUGUAUUUGGAGGAGGUAACAAACCAAAGGGCUGCAAUGAACUGAAGGAAGAGUUGAAGGAUUUGCUUAACGAGGCAAGCAAGAGUUCAGGCAAACUUAUUAGAACUUUGAUGAACCUUAAGCAGUUUAACGGAGUUGGAAAAUUCAACAUGAUACAAUACCACACACUCAAGAUGGUUGUUACCUCAAGUUUAUCCGUCAUCGUUAUAACACAUAAAACAUCACUAAUAGUAAAACUUCGUGUGAUCUCCUUUUGUUUCUUCAUGUUUUGA